UUGUAUUGGUAUUUUGUAUAAGCCAUGCAGGCUGGUGUCAGUGGCUGCAGGAAGUGGUCAUGUGGCCUGGUUGAUGUUAGGUUCUACAUUGUCUGGGGGCAACAGCCAUGACCUUUGUCUAAUCAGGAUUUAGUUGCAAGCAUGUGGCAUCCAUCACGUUUUUGAUAAUCGAGAAGGUAUGAUACAUAUAAUGGGAAAUAUAAUUGGAUAUCAUCUGGACGGCAAAGAUAUAGAACUGAUAUAAAAAAAGUAUAUAUAAAAAACUGAUAUAAAAAAGAAUAUAGAUAUAAACUGAUGAAAAUGCAUCCCCAAGGCAGCAAGUGUAGGCAGAAGAGCAGUGGGGCCAAAACAGAGCCCUGUGGGACACCUCAGGACAGUGGAGAGGGGUCUGAAAUCAGCUGUGGAGACAGUAGAACUUCAAAUGAAAGGGAAUGUGACAUUUCAUAGAGCUGACAGCCACGCUUCUUACUGCAAGUGCAGUAAAACCUCUGAGAAGUAGAAUGAGAUUCAUUUUUUUUAUUAAUGGGGAUCAGAUGAAAGAUGCAGGAACGUGAGAGUCCAGCUGCUUCAUCCACCACUGACAUGCUGCAUCCACCUGCAGCGUGGUGAGGUGAUGUCUUUUAGUUGGAAAGUGAAGCUCCCGCUGUUAUACCUCGCUGAUGUUUUUGUGACUUCACUGCCGUGUCUCCCUGUGGAGGCAUAAAGGACGCUUGGACACACGGAUGAACACAUGCCUGUUGGGCGUCUCACGUUGGUAAAUCACAUUCCUGCUGAUUGACUUUGCGAAGCGCUGCUUCAGUCCCGGAGAUUGAGAACACGACCCAGGACUCUAACUUUUACUUUAGCACUGAAGCACACACACACACACACACACACACACACACACACACACACACACACACACACACACACACACACACACACACACACACACACACACACACUGUCGUCAGGCUGUCUGAGCUGGUUUUGUGUUGUUGCGAUGGUGAUGAUAAGACUCAGACACACACUCCACCCUCCGCUCGCUGUGAGUGUGUGUGUGUGUGUCAGUGUGCGUGAGUGUGUGUUUCCAGCAGACUAAACACAGAGAUGCCGCCGGCUCCGACUGUCCAAGGAGGGACGGCCCGGAUUCCUGGGAGCUGACGCCAGCGCCCCCCCACGUGUACUCACACACAAAAACACACGCACCCCCGCGCUGUGGAGGAAUUCUGGUCUCUGAGGAAGUGCAGACCUGGACGUGGUUUCCAACCAGAGGAUGGAGAGGAGAGACUGUGUGCCUUCACCAACAGCCUGCAGGGGGCGGAGCCUGCCUCCGCCAAUGAGCUACGAGGGGUUGUGCUGGAGAAUGGCACCAUUCGCUGCAGCCGUGGCUCCCGCUGCUAUGGAUUGUGGGAAAAAAGAGCUGACGGCGAGAUGCAGCUGUUAAACCAAGGUUGUUGGACUUAUGUUGGCAACCAGCAGGAGUGUCACGGUGACCGCUGCAUUCUGGUGACGGCGACGCCUUCACAGAUUCAGAAGUCCAACUACCGGUUCUGCUGCUGCAGCCACGACCUGUGCAAUGUCAAUUACACCGAGGCCCUGCCCACCCCCGACACCCCCGCCCUGAGGCCCAUGAAGAGAGACGACCGCAACAACAGCCAAGCAGAUCACAAGCUGAAGCAAAAGGAGACAGCGCUCAUCGCCCUGGUCACCGUUGCCAUAGCAGCCAUCGUCAUCAUGGCGCUGUUCCUGGGAUACCGCAUGUUGAAAAGGAAGCAGAAACAAAGUCUUUCCGCUGUGGACGUGAUGGAGGCAGCGAACAUGGAGUCUGCAGUCGAGCUGGACAACCUGAAGCUGCUGGAGCUGAUUGGUCGAGGUCGGUACGGAGCGGUGUUUCGCGGCUCCCUGAACGAACGCUGCGUGGCCGUUAAAGUCUUCAGCUCUGCCAACCGCCAGAACUUCAUCAACGAGCGCGCCAUCUACCACCUGCCGAUUCUCCAGCAGCACGACAACAUCGCCCGGUUCCUGACUGCCGAUGAGAAGACGGCGGCCGACGGGCGCCCGGAGUUCCUGAUCCUCAUGGAGUUCUACCCCCACGGCUGUCUUUCUCGAUACCUGUCUCUCCACACGGCGGACUGGUUGACCUGCUGCAGGAUGACUCACGGAGUGACCAGAGGGCUGGCCUUUCUUCACACUGAGCUCCACAGAGGAGACCAGUACAAACCAGCGGUGGCCCACAGAGACCUGACCAGCAGGAACGUCCUGGUCCGAGCCGAUCUGUCCUGCGUCCUCGCAGACUUCGGUCUGUCCAUGAGGCUGACGGGAAACAGGCCCUGUCGCCAGGGAGACGACGACACCGUGGCCAUAUCUGAGGUGGGGACUGUACGCUACAUGUCUCCAGAGGUUCUGGGUGGAGCGCUGAACCUCAGAGACUGCGAGUCAGCGCUGAAGCAGGUGGAUGUGUAUGCGCUGGGUCUGCUGUACUGGGAGACCUUCAGGAGGUGCUCGGACCUCUUCUCUGGUGAAGCCGUCCCAGAGUACCAGCUAGCGUUCCAGGCCGAACUUGGGAAUCAUCCGAGCUUUGAGGAUAUGCAGAUGCUGGUGGUUAGAGAGAAGUACAGACCCAGAUUUCCUGAAGCCUGGAAGGAGAACAGCCUGGUGUUGCGGUCGCUGAAAGAGACGAUGGAGGACUGCUGGGACCAGGAUGCUGAGGCCCGACUCACCGCUCAGUGUGCGGAGGAGAGACUGGCUGAACUCACACUGCUGAGUACACAGACUGCACUACACAACCACAGGAAUCUGUCCCAUAGCCGGUGGUCUUCUCUGGUGGGGCCUACAUCCUCCUACAUCGAGGAUCUCCAGGGGGGGGUGGUCAAAAACCUGCAGGGAGACGGGCACCCCGCAUCACUUGUCAAGACGAGUGGACCAGAAGGUGCGGAGAAGAACAGGAACUCCAUCAACUACGAGCGGCAGCAGGCCCAGGCUCGCUCAUCUGCUGCAGACUGCAGCACGCUGACAUCCACCACCCCGACGCCGGCCACCAUUCUCUCCACCAUCUCUGAAAACCAACCUCCUGGUGGCGCUGUGCCCAGUGUUCCUAUCUGCCUGCAGCUGACUGAGAAAGACCUGGAGGCCACCAAGCUGGACCCAAAAGAGGUCAGUAAGAAUCUGAGGGAAACUUCGGACGAGAACUUGAUGGAGCAUUCACAAAAGCAGUUUGGUUCAGAGCCACAAACCACCAACCUGCUGUACCACCAGCUUCUGCACAGUACCGAGGCAAACAGAGCAGCGUUGGCUCCACAGGGCGAGGAUGGAGGGGUGGACAGCCUUCCGCCUCCCUCCCUCCAGCCCCUCCCUAAACAACAGAACCUGCCGCAGAGGCCGACCAGUCUCCUCCUGCUCCCCAAAAGCAAAGAGGCCGGAUCAGUCUCCUCUCGACUUAAGACGGGGAAGCUCAAGUCAAACCACCAACAGGUGGAAACAGGUGUUGCUAAGAUGAACACAGUGGCAGUUGCUGCAGCUGCAGAGCCCCACCUGGUUACCACGGUUACAAACAACGUAAACACGAAAAGUAGCACUGCGAAUGGGAACGAGGGCCAGCCGCUCCCCAGCGGCUGCAGAGCCGGAGUCCCAACGCUGGUGACGAACAGCAUGAUUGGAGGAGGGAGAACUAAUCCUGCAGGACCGCAGCUUGAGGAGGAGGAGAAGGUGGAGGCAGGGAUGAGCCGAGGAGCAGACAGCCACCUGAAUCUGCUCAACUUCAGUCCCGACGAACACGAACCUCUUCUGAGCAGAGAGCAGCUGCCUGCUGAGAGCGAGCCCAUUCCUCGCCUCCAUAACCGGCACCAAGAUGGAAACGUCUCCUCAGCACGGGGCCCCAACUCCAACAACAACAACAACAGGCUGGCGUUGGGUUCAGAGGCAAAGGUCCACAACUCUGAAAGGAACACGUGUUCAGAGAUCGGUCAGCGUGGAGGUGUCGUCAGACCUAGACCUGAACCACAACCUCACACCUCAGAUACGGGUCCAUGUCAGAAAGCUGAAGAAACCGCGUCGGCUGAGGUGGAAGAUCUGGAAAAAGUAUUUCCAGAAGUCUCAGAAUCCCAGGCGUCACAGGAACAAGAACUUGAGGCCAAGGCCUCAAGUUCAGAAGCUCUUAUUUCAGACGCAUUAACCCUCGAUCAGACUGAAGGACUUCCAGCAUCCCACUCAAGAGUUUCACCUCUACAGGUUUCAGCCUCAGAAUCUUUGGAAUCUGCUGUUGCAGUAAGUUAUGUCUCAGAGCCGGCAGAUCUUCAGAGUCUGGAACCUCUAGCGCCAGGUCUACUUCAGUCCCAGAUGAGACAGACUAAAGCCCGGAGACCUGAGCGUCCCUGUUCCCUGGACCUGUCGUCGUCAUGCAUCUCAUCAGAUGACGUCUCCAUGGCAGACAAUGGCAGUCUAAGUGCUACGGGAGAGAAAAUAAAACGCCGCGUGAAGACGCCAUACACUCUGAAGAAGUGGCGCCCAGCCUCGUGGGUUGUUUCUACGGAUACGGCUCUCGACCCGGACUUCGACUUCAACAUCUCUACUGGUGACAGCAGUCAGAUCCACUUCUCCUCCGGUCUUCACAGAGCAGGAAGCAUUGGGUUCCCCAAAAUCAAUCAGUCCAAAUCCAGCAUGGCCGUAUUUCUGGUCGGAGGAGGAGCCACAACCAAAACCUCCGAGCCUGAUGGGAUGACCCGCUUCUGAGAUGGGCGGUUUCUUCUCUGUAAGAAGAACUGCUUCAUUUGUCAUUUCUUUGCCUUUUUUUUUUUAAACGUGAGACAACAGUUGCAGCAUUCGUCCUCUCCAGCAGUAAAACUACAGCUCGGGUUUAACGAGAGACGCCGGAACUGAUCCAGAAUGGACGAAUUUGAUGUUUCCAUCCAGUUGCGCAUCACUCUGAAUCAAACGUCUGCAGCACUUCUUCAUCAGACCAGUCUCUAUCAGCUGGUCUGGAGCGUGAUCAGGUGGUGGUCAUCAACGGAAACUGAAUUGGAGGAAGACGACGCAAACGAACCCCCAGAAACGUGUGACUGACACGUUUAUCCUACCUUCUGAGCAAAAACUACUUCUGAGUAAAAACCUUUAUUAAAUUGUGGACGGUUUUUUUUUUUCAAUCUUUUCUAAUGUGGACAUUCAAGACGAGCACGAAGAGCAGGGAUGGAGGACUGAUUUGUCCAGGCCCAUCCAUCAGACUUGUUUGAGCAUCACAAACACCCCGAUCCCAUGAGAUGGUUCCCUUCUUUCAUGAAUGUUUGGGCCCCUCCAUCAUUGGUUCUCUCCAUGACAAUCAGAACCACCCAGGAAUCCAUUUUUUUUAAGUGUACUUUAAGUCUCUGGCUGCGUGGCCUUUGACAAAGUUCUUCAGGAGUUCACCAAUCUGAUUUAGUGAGGCAAAGGAAGUUUCCAGUUCCUCGGUUUAAGGUUGUUAAUGGAGUCUGAGCAGUUCAGACCUGAAGUAUCUUCCACGAGGCGUCCAGGUGAAAGAGCUCUCCAUCAUUUGGCUUCCUGAUGUGGCCGGUUGCGCUGUUGGCCAGAUCUGAAGGGUUGAGGAAGCCAAAGAUCCUCUGGACAUGAGGGGCCAAAUGUAGUGCUGGUUAGCAAGUGGCUAACUUAGCUGUAGUUUUACACAAUACUAGCAGAGGCCAUCUUAACAAGAGACGAUUUUCUCAAUCAGGACUUCCUGUUUCCCAUGAGACAGUCCAAAACCAGUGCUGGUCCGUGGAGUACAUCCAGUUUGCAGAGGAGAUAUAUUUGUUUUUAUUUUCCAAGCUGAACUUUGAUUCAACUGCGGGUUGAGUUUGAAAUGCUGUGAUUUAGUUAGUUUAGUUAGCCACAUCCUAACCAGCGAUGCUAUUAGCCCCUGCUGUCCUAUAGACUCGGAACCACGACCCAAAUCCAUCGCCCCCUCCUGUUAAGGUUAAGGAGGACGACCUGGAGGAUUUCGCCUAAACUCAUGAACGCCGACGGGACUCUAGACUGAGACCCGAAGUCCAGUCUGGUUGGGCGAUGGUUUACUCGGUAUGCUUCUGAAUACCCAAAUGGACCCAAGUGGACCUUUAUCCAUCUAUAAUAGACAUAUUUAAUAGAAAAGUGUUCGCUCGGAUACAAGGCCCCCAGAAGACGCUGAUUUUACUGAAGGACUGAACUCAUUGGGGUUUCAGAUCACAGUUUGUCGGCGGAGAUGAUGAGCUGUUGGUUUGUGACUGUGGUUUGUGGCUCAUCGGCAAGCAGAGAUGAAAACAUCAUCCAUAUUUUAUUUUAAGCAUUUCUAUGUAGCAGUACCAUUUCUGAUCUGCUGCGUAGACAAAAGCCUGGUUCAUGCUUCUCCGUCAACUAGACGCAAAAGGAACAUCGGCGCCGCAAUUCCGUUGACCUUUUGAAGCCCUGUGUUGAGGUCUACGCAUCACAAAGUGCUGCGAAACUAAUCUCGGCCAGAACGGUCGAGCGCGUCGGGUUUCCGAAGGAUCUUUAGUGAAACUAGGUGAAACUUGAGUGUCAACAUCCUGGUUUGGCUUUCCUGUGAGAGAGCAAGAUGUUGGGGUCACAGCAGAUGCUUGAACGGGUCUCGCAGAAGGGAUGGAGCGAAGAGGAAAGUACCGAAAAUGAUGCAACACAGUGGAUCAACCCCAGCACUUGUGUGUCGUCGUGUUGAUGCGUAGUCAGAAAAUUUUGGAGGUCUUGAUAGAGACACUCCGUCGAUUUGACAUAGAAGCACGAAUCGGGCUUGAAGAGACACAACGCUGUGCGGGUGAAUGAGGACGGUCCUUCACACCUGUAAUACCACUUGGUCCCCUUUGAGUUGCACAUCGUUGUGUCUCACACCAGAGGAGCACACAUGAGCAUUCAUGUGAUACGCUGCCCUCCUGUGGUCAGAAGUGGUACUUCCACACAGUGAGGCUUUAAGCACUUUAAUAAGUCUUAUUUAGUGAGCUGAUAUAACAGAUACCUGGUGCAAUUUUAGUAGUAACACUAACUCGUUGAGGACCUUCUUCUAUCCUUGAUUUUCUAGUGUCUUUGUUUGGUGCUUCUGUCAUUUGAGUAGGCGCGUUUCCUUGAAACAGUAACUCCAGCUAUGCAGCCAGCUCAUGGUGGCUCCUCCUGUCCGUUUGGCUCAUGCACACAGCAGAUUGACGGAUCUGUCGGAUCAAUCUGUCAUUCUUUUAGUUUGCACUUUUCUUAGUGGCAGUCUCUCCAAGUUCACGUUGAAUGCCUUGUAAAGACCAGAAGGAGGAUAGGAGUUCGUCAGACCCUCAGCCGUGCACGUCCUCCUCCGGCCACAGCGCGGAUGAAGGCAAGAAGAUCUUGUGUACUUUAAAGAACAGCAUGAGAUGGUGGAGAUGAAGCGAACCUCUGAACUGUCAGCAAGUGGAAGAAAAGAUCAGUUUCAGUUGGCAAAAAGAUGCCUUUGAAGACCUCCAAAGUUGUCUUAUUUACAGUUCAGUCCCUGGCGCAGCCGGCUGCUUUGACAGUCGGCUUAAGACUUAGUUUAAAUAGUAAAAUAGUAAAUAAUGUCUAGUAAAUUCAUCUUUUAUCCACAUGAUCCAAAGCACUUUAAUGCACACUUUAAACUGCUGAAUAUGAGGCAUUUGGAUGAAUCCAGACAUCUACAUGUUGGUCUGUGGGAUCGGCUCGUUACGUGAGUCAGUCAUUGCGGUUUAGAACAAUUUACAGUUUUUAUUACAUUAUUUAAGAGUUAAAUCUGUUUUCAGUAGUUUUUUGUUUAAGAGUUGAUGACUCGAUGCAGCGGUGCCAUUUCUGACCACACAGGGGCGUACAGAUCUGUGUUGACGGGCCUGCACGCCCGGUAAUACCACGUCCUACCACUAGAGGGCCCCUUCGUCAUCGCUCGGGGGGUGACAUGGACUUUCUAUGUGCUGCCCCUGUGUGGUCAGAGGUGGUACUGCACCAGAGAGGCUUUUAUAAGCAGGCUGCUUUUAUAAAUGCGAACUGUGAUCUUUUAGAUGUCUGUUUAUGUGGCACCUCCAGAACAGCUCCGUUAGGUGUGCUCCUGCGGGAUAUUUAGCAACGCUUAACACGUUAAAUGUUCUCGUUUAUCGAUGUUACCGUCAACCUCUACAGAAACAUGAGAUAUGCCUUUUAUCAUCUGUGUUGAUGAUAUCUGUGUAUUUUCUACAUUUUGUACUGUUUUUGGAUGUGCACGUGUGUGUUUCCCAUCAGCAAAGGUUUGAGAGCAGAUCAGCACAAUGUUGUCCAGAGCGGAACAAAACUUCAGAAACAGGGCCGAGUGUUCUUCUCAGAGACCGGUUCUAAGAUGAAGAACCACCACAGAGUUCUGCUCUCUGGAGUCAGGAGCGCCCGUACGUGACUCGGCACAAGCGGUGGUGUCACCGGCUCUGGUUCUGAAGGAGUUCCUCAGCUGGAGCGUGUUGACAAGAUCCGGGUUCGGAGUUAAAACACGUCCUGGAGCGUUGCUGGCGACUCACCGAACGCCGGCGUCAGUGAUGAAAACACAACAAAUGCUUACGUAUGAAGCCCAGAAGAUGACAGAAAAUGAACCUCUGAACCCAGAAUCCACCUGACGUUAUUCGGUGUUUCAUCCGUGGAAACGUGCUGCUCAAGUGCUCUUUUCAAAUCACCUGCACAAACGAGGCAGAGCGUCCAUCCGAGCGCUCACCGCCACCUCAGAGGACGUAGUCACGACAGAUGGAGUCCAGGUGUCACCAGACUUUUAUGUGACAGGUUUUAUUUUUUCUGAGAAUUUUUGCAAAACACAGAUUGAUGUUUGAAGACGUUUGGACGGCCGUGUCGUGUGACUUCCCUCGUGUUCGUCUCACAGCUUUGAGUUAGAGCUAUCUCGGUGCCCCUGCGUCGCUGACCGGUGGCUGAAUGGCUGCAGCACUGCUCCUCAUCACGGCUUCUUUAUAAACAAACCUAAUCAGGGCCGUUUCUAGCUUUUUUGGUGGCCUGAGACAACAUUCUGGCGGUCACCAAUGCUGUCCAGGUGAUCAUGAUCUAACCUGCAAGUAGUUGCUGGCCCGAGGCGAAAGCUCACCCUCAGCCCUUCCUUACCCACUAUACCAGGGAUAUUCAAUUGGCGGCCCGCGGGCCACAUGCGACCCGCCAGGAGCUUUUAUGUGGCCCCUGGUCAUAUUUAAAAAAAGGGGGUGUUUGUUGAAAUUUUUUUUUUUUUUUAAUAAUAUUUUUAUAACUGGCUACUAUGGACUAAAAUGGUUGUGCUCAAUGCUUAAUAUAAUAUUCAAAUAAGGAAAUCUUGUUGGAAAGUGGUGCUUUGUCAUUAUGGCGUGUUAAUAAAAGUAGGUCAAUAUCAAUUUCAUUAAGUUUGCACAAUGCAUGGUUUCAAAAUGAACUUGCAUUCAAAAUAAUAUUUCUUUAUCUGAAUAUUAUAUUUAACAUUCACAAUUACUAAAUCUGGAGACAAUGAAUACAUAAUUCAUAUGUAAACUAGAUAUAUUCAAAUGUAUAAUACAAAUGUAUUAUAUUUACAUAAGUCUUCGUCUUUGAGUGCAAAAUACAUUUUGAAAACCCCCACAUUUUCAAAUUGUGCGGCCCUCUCCAUACAGUCCUUUUGCAGAUGUGGCCCCCGGCCGAAUCUAGUUGAAUACCCCUGCACUAUACCGUCAUCGUACCACCAAGGUUUGACUUUAAUACAAUUCAUAAAAUUCAAACAAAAUGCCAGUUUCUCCUUUUAUGCGUGUAAUUGCUCCAUUUUGUAGCCAAACCCUUUAAGAUCCCUGGAGAUGUAUUAACUUGUUACACUUGAAGGAGAAAACUGACUGAAAGAUUUGUGACUCUUGUGUAUAAAGUCAAGACAGAUAAGCCUGGAUAGCUAAUCUAAAGUUAGCUGCAUUUAACGCGGCGGUGCACGAGAGCGAUUCAAGUGGGGUUGAUGUUAAAAACUAAUGAUAUUAUGAGCCCAGAAAACCUCUCAGACCCACAUGGUUCAUAAUUGAGCGAUGGUUUUAAUUAGCGUACUUAUUCAUGCGGCGACAGAGAGGCGGGUUGUGUGUACGGAUGCUGGAGGGACGCCCUCUGGUGGCGACACGAGUUAAACGCAUCUGUAAGGUCUGCCGGUGGCAAGAAACAGUUCUGAAUCCACAUUUUAACGCCAAUGAAGUGAACUAAAAUGGAGCUGGAUAAUAUAUAUAUGUAUGUCAAGUUUUAUAAUCGUGGAAAGAAUGAAACUAGUGUUUAACAAAUAAGAGGUUUCCAUGAGUUUAUUUAACCUGCUGCUAUAACUGAUGAAGUGGCAAAAAGCACCUUUGUCUGGUGUGUUUCCCUUUAAAGUUAAUGACUGUAGCUCAUAUAUUCAUUAUGAUGUUCAUUAGAAUCUACAUCUGUAUAGCCGCAUUUAGGAUUAUUAUCUAUCACUUCAGCAUGAAACAUCACAUCACUGUAAGUUUAUUUAUCUUGUUUGUCAGCAGAUGAAGCUUUGUGGUUUAAAGGGGACUUGUUCUGUUUGUUUCCACUGCUUUUAUUCUGGAAGUCAGAGCAGUUUUUGAGGAUUUACCUUUCAAAAUAAGACUGAUUGAUCUUUUAUGGGUUCAUAAGGCAACGCUUCCCAUCCAGAACGACCCAUUUUAGCUGCUUUCAAUUUAUGAAUUUUUAAGUGGUGACUUAAUAAAUUAUCAGAUUUACGAGAAGAAGAAAAAACAACACUUUCUGAGUUUAUUUACAGGAAAAUCUCAGAGUUAAACUUUAUAAACUUGAACGUUUACAAGAAAAACAUUUAGAAAUUCUUACUUUGUAAAUUAAAAGAUUAAUGAAAGAAAUAAAAAUGUUAUUUUGUGACCUUUUAAACACAAAUUUAGGAGAAAUGUCAUACACUUUGUAAACUGGAAAACUUCAUGCAAAAGUUCUGAAUUUAACUAAAAAAACUUUUUUUGAGUUUAUUAUUAAAAAACAAUUUCUUAGACUAAAUUCAGAAAUCUCCUGAAUUUAUAAAAAAUAAAAAAGUGAACUCGUUAAUUUACGGGAGAAAUUUGAAAUUCUCUUUUUAAUUAAAAAAAUAAAAUAAAAAAACAAUUCAGGAUUUCUGACUUCAUAAAAUCACAAAUUUGCAAGAAAAGCCUCCAGAACCAAAACCAUAACCAGAUGUCACAUUUAUGGGGAAUGUUUAAAUUGGGGAUUAAAAAUUGCAUAUUUAGGAGACAAUGAACAAAGACGGUGGAGCUCCAGCACCUCCUGGUGGUCUCCCUUGACAUCUGCACACAUUCAAAUGCCUCUUUAAUUAAAGAAAACAUCUGUGUACAGCAAACCGACAAACAAAAGAGAUUAGUCGACUCCCUGGCAAAGGGAAAUGCAAAACAAGUCCCCUUUAAGCGUGUGUGUCCAUGUCCCUGUGUGACGCCGUGGACAGGAGUGUGGGCGGUUUCUGCCACAGCUGUCAGAGCCCAUGUAGAUAAAAAUAUUGACCUGCUGUAUGAUGAUUCGGGGAUGUUUAAAGGUUUGUGUGUCGCUGAAUAUGUUGUGUACCAGUUUGAACUCUGUGUGUAUUUAUGUACCAUAGUUUUCCAGUAGUGUAAAUACUCUGUGUACAUUAUACUUUCAUAUGGGACCAACUACCAGCGCUGUAUUAUUGUACUCUGUCAACAUGUCAUAUCUCCACCUGUGCACACAGGCCUCCUCCCUGCAUGCGUCCCUCGGAUUAUAAAGCAACGGUUAAGUUUCAUCCCGUUGUCCUGCAUUUCCGCAUCAAAGAACCGCUGAAAUGUCACAAGCCUGAGUUCAACAUUCAAUAAAGUGCAGAGGAUCCAG